GCACGAGGAUGCCACACGGGCACUUGACGCCCGUGUACAGGACUUGGAACAAGUUCCACCAAGACCGGAGGCUGGUGAAUCCAGCAGUGCACCAUCUGCCCGCCAACUGGAGGAACGCGUUGACCACGUAGUGGCAAUGCUAGGAGACAUCAGUGCCUUCGUAGAGCCGGCCACCAUCAGCCAGCGGUUCGAUGUGCUGGACACCAAGAUCAGUCAGCAACAGCAGACUGACCACAGCAACAACAACAGCUCGUCGAGGCCUUACAAGAUGCCGACGUUCCGGAUCGAGAAAUUUGAUGACUACACACAUCAAGACACGAUCGUCUGGUGGCAAGGAUUUACAACGGAGUUGGGGAUUCACGAGGUCCCCGACCAUUUGUUCAUCAACACCAAGGGAGGAUGUCAGAUAUGGCUCAACCACAUGGCAACCAUCCACGGCGUCCAGGUUUCAGACCUGCACAAGACGGUCUCCUGGGAGGAUAUGACAAAGGAAUGGAAGAAGCGGUUCAUCGUCGACGACGCCCCGACACUCGCCAUCAACCGCAUCUUCACGAUGGCUCAAGGGAGCACACCGACACGUGAUUGGCUCACGGAUUGGCAGAAGAUCGUGGCCACGCCCGAUCUGGACUUGCCAUUUUCGCAUCUGCGCCGUGAGUUUUUCAACAGGUCAUGCGCCGCUCUCAUCCUCGCACUUGGUGAUCGCGAGCAGUACAACACUUUCGCAGAGAUCAUCAACAAGUCGAGAGAGAUCAUCAAGACCAACAGGCCGGCUGCACACGAGAAGUCAACAUGGCAGCCGACCUAUGUGGAGAAGGUAAAGACUGGUCCGCGGCCGCAGCAUGUCGCUGCAGUCCAUUCGGACAGUGGAGAAGACCCGGCAGCCGCCCAAGCAUCACAUGAGGGAGAUCAGGUGGAUGUUGUCCAGCCGCGAAGCAACAACAAGUCCCGAGGCAAUGGGAAGGCGAAAUCAGCAUCGCAGGCGGGAAACAGACAGCCAGCACCAUGGGUCAAGUUCAACUUGACCGAGGCUGAGUACAAGUACCGCGGCCAUUACGGCUGCUUACCAGCUCCGUUGAUGGACGUCGGAGUAGAGGUUGUCGACCUUCACGCUUACAUUGCGAAGAUCGACUGCGAGUUCAAGACGCAAGAGUACGACGACAUCGACGCACCAUUGCUUUAUGUACGCAUUCAGAUCAGACAGGCGACCUGCAGCGCAUUGAUCGAUUGCGGAGCAUCUCGCAACUACAUCAGCCAGGACUUCAUGGUGCGCGCCGGCCUUGGCCCACGCGUCUGGAGGAAGUCCCAAUCUACGCAAGUCACGUUGGCGGACGGUCACACGCACAAGUCAAUCGACCGGUGCAUUGAUGACGUCCCAGUUUACUUUGCCCUUCACGCAAGUGAGGCGGUGUCCUUUGACAUUUUGGACACCAAAUUCGACAUGAUCUUGGGCAUGCCAUGGCUGCGAAGCGAGGACCACCCGGUGAACUUCUACCUCCGCACCGUUCACGUUCGUGAUCGGAACGGAGUACUAGACCCAUGCACGGUGCCUCCUCCUUACCCUUCCAUCAGCUGCCACGUGGUAUCCGCCGCAAGCAUGCGAGCUUCCAUCAUCAGAGACGACAUCGAGGAGAUGGGGGCGUGUUUUCUCCACGCCCUCCCGCCCCAUGACGCUUCACCGACGGACUCAUCUUCGGAUCCACGCAUCACCGAGCUUCUCGACGCCUACGKCGACGUGUUCGAAGGCCCGCACGGAGUAGUACCGGAUCGGCCCAUCCGCCACGAGAUCAUCCUCGAGGACGGGGCCACGAUCAGAAACGCCGGCCCUCUCCCACGCAUCGACGACCUUCUCGAUCGACUGGGCGGCGCCAAGUUCUUCUCCAAGCUGGACCUCAAGCCGGGAUAUCACCAACUCGAGAUUCGGAAGGAGGACCGCUACAAGACCGCGUUUAAGACACGGUAUGGGCAUUUCGAAUGGUUGGUCAUGCCAUUUGGCCUUACGAAUGCCCCGACCACUUUCCAAGCGGCUAUGACAACGGAGUUCCGACACAUGCUGGAUCGAUUUGUACUUAUCUACCUCGACGACAUCCUGGUGUACAGCCGGAGUUUGGACGAGCAUGUGGAACACCUGCGCACCGUUUUGGAGCGGCUACGACAAGCCAAGUACAAAGCCAACCGCGACAAAUGCGAAUUCGCGUGGCAGGAGCUGGAGUACUUGGGACAUUAUGUGACGCCGCAAGGCAUCCGUCCGCUUGCGGACAAGAUCGAGGCCCUCCGCGUAUGGCCCGAGCCCACCAACACCACGGACGUUCGUUCAUUCAUGGGGUUGGCGGGCUACUAUCAACGAUUCAUCACCGGAUACUCAAGGAUUGCUGCACCUAUGACGAUAUUACAAUCGCCAAAGGUGUCAUUCGUAUUCGAUGACGACGCACGCCGGUCAUUCCGAGCACUUAAGACGACCAUGCUCAUGGCACCCGUCCUUAGCAUCUCUGACCCCACCCUGCCGACGAGAAUGACAACUGAUGCUUCCGGCUAUGGCAUUGGGGCAGUCUUGGAACAACACGACGGCGAUGACUGGCACCCUGUGGAGUAUUUCAGCCACAAAGUGCCUCCCAUCAACUCGCUUGAUGAUGCAAGGAAGAAGGAGCUGCUCGCGUUCGUGAUGGCUCUCAAGCGAUGGCGGCACUUCCUCCUUGGGCGUCGUAGGUUCACAUGGGUAACGGACGACAAUCCAUUGACCUCCUACAAGACGCAGGAUACGGUGAGCAGCAUGAUCGGACGAUGGACGUACUUCAUCGACCAAUUUGACUUCACACCGAAACAUCUUCCCGGCCUCUCUAAUCGCACAGCAGAUGCACUCUCGCGAAGACCUGAUCUUUGCGCUAUGACACAUCAUGCCUUCGCAUUUGACGAGGAGCUCCAACGACACUUCAUCAGGGGCUAUGAGUCCGAUCCAGACUUCGCCACGCUAUAUGCGCAGCUAUCUUCGGAUCACCCGCCGGCCAGCCACUAUCGCAUCGUCGAUGGGUACUUGCUCCUGCACUCGCGGGGCAAGGACUUACUAUGUGUCCCACGCGACCGCCGUCUUCGGACUCGCCUCCUCGACGAGUAUCAUGAUUCGCGACUCGCCGGACAUUUCGGAGUCAACCGCACUAUUGCACGGCUUCUACAGCGAUUCCGAUGGCCCGACCUCAUCACCGACGUCACGAGGUAUUGCGACUCUUGCAAAGUUUGCCGACGAAGCAAACCCCGCAACCGCAACCCCUACGGCGAGCUGCGCCCGAUGCCGAUCCCGCAGGAACCCGGUCUCUCCAUUGCCAUGGAUGUCACCGGACCAUUCCCCCGCGACCGCCUCGGACACGACGACAUCCUCACGGUCGUGGACCGAUUGAUCCUUUACUUGUUGCAGUUUUUUGAAGCGAUGGGAAGAGAGUUGCUUGCCCCAGGAAGUGGUAUGACCAUUGUCGACAUGAGCGACUCGGUAUUGGAAGUGAGCGUGGGGCACGGGUCGACCAUCCGGUUAUCGUUGGAGGCGUUGUUGACGGGCGGCGAGCUGUCACGGUCAGAGUCGCAGGAGACGCCAGCUCGCAGAGAUCAGCAGGCGGGCAAAGACCCAGGACUAGGGCACUGGACUGCGAAGCACUCGACCGGAAAGGAACCGGCUGCGAUGGAAAUCGAUGGAACGCUCUCAAAGAGCGAAGAGGAGGAGGACGGAAAAGCAAAAUGGAGGGGACCAGCACUGUUGAUGAGGCCGAGAUCGAAGGCCGUGUCGAUUCUGUUUAAGCAGGCCUUUCAUAGAGCUCUGUUUUCCGAUCCGAAAGGUGGGCAAUUGCCUCUUCUUUCAACUGUCUCAAAUGUCUCUGGGCCAGGACCGAGGACCAGUGAUCUUGCGAGCGGAGCCGGUGGAAUGUCGGGCGCAGGGGGUUUGUCAGGAGUAAAGGGAAGAGCAGGGGGUCUGGAGGCAGGAGGGCAAGGAGGACCUGUAGGGAUUGGAGGUGGUGCAGUAGAUGCGACUCGCUCAGGCGGCGUAGACGGAAGGGGUUCUUCCUCCCUAUCAGCUUCAUUUUCAAGGCUGGUUUGCGGUAUUUUGUCGCACCAAGUAUAUGCUGCAAAGGUCCAGGCCGCACUCGAGCAGCAGACUCGUGCCAACCAUUACCUUCGUCUUUUCUGUCUCCCAACAUGGCAUCAUCAAGUCUCUGCAUGGGAGCUGUCUCUCUGCCUGCCCAACUACUGGAUUCACAUAAAAGGUCAGGAUGUUGCUGCACGUGGCAUGUCUACUGUUUUCAGAGGGAGAGCAUGUCGUCCAAUCCUGAGGCCAAUCGCCAAAAGCUCGAAGGAACAUACCAACUCGGCAAGUAAUUUUCAAAACCGAUUGCAGUUUUCUAUGGAUCGUGAAAUCGAGGAGGAGAUGGGCUUGUCGACCGUCUUCAAGUGCAUUGUCAUUGUGCGUGACGAGAGAAUUUACGUUGAGGGCAUUCACGGCAUGAUUGGGAGUGUGGUGCAAGAUGGCUGCUUCCUAGAAGGUGUCCACGUUCGUGGUUCCUUGAUUUUCAGCAUACCGGAAAUGGAAUCGUUUAUCGUAAAUCAGGUCAUUGGCCACAUGUCACAGGAGCCGAUCAUCCCAUUCUGAUUGAUCCGAGGACUCCAUGCCAGCAAGCAACAACCAGUAUGUCUAGAAUCUGCAGCUGUAGGUCCGCUCUCAGUUGACGCUCUCUCAUCCUUCAGAUCUGCCAUUAAGAGAGCACAACAGCCUAAAUCAUUGGCGCUUGGCCGCAACUUGGGAGUGUUACAAUAAGCCUGCAAUGCUGCACAACUGCAGAGACUAGAGUGGUCACUUGGUCGUGCUUUCGGAAUUAUCACGAGCUGCGGAAAACUCUCUCCUUUCUUGAUCCUUUGGGAACUGUUGGCCAAGCACGCAAGCAUUGUUUUUUUCUUUUUUUUUUAUUCUUUAAAAAAUUAUCGAUUUAUGUGUGUUGCCAAGGCAAGGCAAGGUUCUUCUUCAGACAGAUGACACUCUGGCUGGCUGGCUUCACAUGCAGGGCAGUAGUUGGAACCGCCACAAUGCUGACAAUUGAGUGAUAAGACUUAGAGACCUAGUAUAGGCAGGAGAGGGGAGCGUAUCUUUGUGUAUAUGCAUGUGUGUGAAUGGAUUUGUCAUAAUCGUUCACAUUGUAGCGAUAUAGAGAGAGAGGGAGUUUGCUAUGAGAGGAAGGGAGAGAGAGAUUGUAUGCUCAGUUGUGUGUGUGUGUGUGUGUGUGUGUGUGUGUGUGUGUGUGUGUGUGUGUGUGUGUGUGUGAGAGAGAGAGAGAGAGAGAGAGAGAGAGAGAGAGAGAGAGAGAGAGAGAGAGAGGCUGCUUUUCCGUUACGCUCCUUUUUCUUUGGCCCCCCGCUGGCUCCUCUCAUAUGUUAAUUGAAGUUGGCCCUGCUUCUGGUUCCUGGUCUUUCAAGGAAUUUGGGGUGUAUGGCAUUUGUGUGGUGUUGGGGGGGCGUAAGGAGGUAAAGGCGGGAGGGCAAGAAACUGUUCCAACUCCUUGCUCAGUAUUGCAUUGGUUUUCUUCCUCUGCCUGCGAGUAUGGCGUAUCCCACCACAACCAUUUUUUUGAAUGCACCUAACUGAGAUAACGGUAAGCUCAUUUUUUUAAUCAUUGCCUCCAAGCGCGAACUCCAAUAUCUGAAAAUCGCAAUCGCUCCGUCCAGGCAUCGAACCUGCAACCUGCUGAUUGAAAAUCAGAAUGCUUACCACAAAACAAAGUGAGCUGGGAUGA